AUGGCAGCACGUGCGAAAGCGAAACAGCCGGCGAAGAAGCGUCAACAACGGGCUACGUCGAAUAUCUUUGCAAUGUUUGAUCAAUCCCAAAUCAAGGAAUUUAAAGAAGCUUUCAAUAUUAUUGAUCACGAUCGAGACGGUUUUAUUAGUAGCGAUGAUCUACGGGAUAUGUUUGCUUCGUUAGGAAAAGUUGUUCCCGAUGCCGAAAUCGAAGCUAUGGUUCGUGAAGCACCAGGCGAUUUAAAUUUUACAAUGUUUUUAACUUUAUUCGGUGAAAAAUUAACUGGUUCUGAUCCGGAAGAUGUAAUUCGUAAUGCAUUCCUUGCUUUAGAUGAAGAACGCACAGGCAAAAUUAGCGAAGAUCGUCUACGUGAAUUGUUGAUGUCCAUGGGCGAUCGUUAUACUGAAGAUGAAGUCGAUGAAUUAUUCAAAGAUGCUCCGAUCAAAAACGGUCUUUUCGAUUAUCAAGAAUUUGUGAAAAUUCUUAAACAUGGUCGUAAAGAUCAAGAUUAA